AGGCUCGCUGUGCUCGCUUGGACAGAACCCUAACAUGCCCGCUGCGGCUCGCACGCGUCGCCUCCGCUUGCUAGAAGGGCAAUGCUGGGUCCUGGGUUUGCAUCCGCGUGUUUCGCACACGGGCUGACAAACCGCAGGCGUGGGCUCGCUUCGCUCGCUGUGCGCUGAUGGUCUGAUCUACUUAUAAGUAGUCCCCAUGAUCUACUUACGUUAGGACAAAUAGCCCCAAUCUACUUGUAUUAUUUAAUUCCUCACGCCCGAAUUACUGUAUGUAGUCAUAUGAAUUGCAGCACAGUACAUGUAUUAUGCGCUAAGAUGCAAGCCGGUCGACUAUCGAGCGGCACUGUAUCACGAGGAUGGAAGGUUCAAACUUUUCGUACGUUUAUCGCCAUUCCAGCAUGAACUCGGCGACGUCGCUCCUGAGAUCGCUUCCUAAGAGCAAAAACUCCGAUGCGCCUGAGCGGUGAUGCACCGCAAACGAAGCAGCUUGGCUGCGUUCGCAAGCCUCGCAACGAAGCUUGCUGUCGGUGAUUCUGAGUUGACGUAGCAAAGUUACCCGACAUAAAAGUCCUGAAAGUCAAGCGUUGCAGCUGAAGUUGAGGUAUUGGCAGUUGGGCAGGACGAAUUUGAUGAUGCUAAACGCUGGCGUGGAGCCGCAAACAACUGAGCAACAUUUCGGACGAGCGGCUGCAUUGCAUGAAGAAGCCUGGAGUAACAAUGCGUGCACAUUUGACAGUCACACCCGCGUCACGCAACGUACUCGUUGGGCUAGCUCACUCGAUUGAGUCGGGCUCGUGCAGAUGCCCGCCCAGGCCGAGCCUCAGCUGCAGGCUCCCUUGCUGGUCGUGCUUUACCGCAGGUGACUGGUCUAUCGCCGCGCGCUAAAGCUGGCUGGCCAAUGUUCCUGCUGCCUCGACCGGUCCUGCUGCAGGCUGGCGGGCGGUACCUUGGGCGCGGCAGCAAAUAAGUCGCCGGCCGUCUGCAGUCUAUGCCGAGAGACUUGCUUGACGGGCUCGAGUUGAAGUGGAAGUUGCCUUUUUUUACGGUAAAACUGGCAGAAUAUCUCGCUUGUUGUGUACGGUAGCCUGGUCGCGGCCGGCAGCUGGCUGCACACUCGAUGAUGAUCUGCUGCGGCUUCCUGCUUUCUCUCGUGUCGGCCUGCGCAUGAGCUGAGUCAAUCGGCGACUCCACUCGACUCGCUCAUCUCACCUGGCUAAGCUGCCGAUUUAUGCGCGAGGCGGCGGCAUGUCCACACCGAGAGCACCCGCUCCUGACCCACGACAUCGGAACGCCUGGGAACCCGCGUCACAGUCCAAUUGGAGCGCUGCGCAACAUGCGCUACCGCUCGGAGCUCGGUAGCGGCUUGGCCAGUAACCUCAGCGUCAGCGAGCGCUUCACGAACCCGUUCGCGCCGCUGACGCUGUCGACCGAAGCCGUCGUGGGGCUCGAGACGUUGACUCGAGCGUUGGUGGCGCGCAACUUGGACGCGUACGAGCGGCAUCUGCACGAGAACGGCAGCGGCCAAGUGGACAAGACCCGGUGGAAGUUCAUGUACGAGCAGGGCGGCCUUCGGUCGUACGCGGAGCGCGGCACCCACACGUCGUUCGGACUGGGGGCGGCGUUCGGCGUGGCGGCGAGUCACUUCGACCGACGAGCCCCAGUGUACAGGCAGACGUCGACGGCGUCGGUGCCGUCGAUUCUGGUGCUCGGGGCGAUCGAAGGGCAGCUGGACGACACCAUGUACGGCUUCAUGUGCCCCACGCUGGACCAGAUGCGGGUCAAGACCUCGUACAUCAAGGACGGACUCGUGCGCGGCAGCGUGCUGGCGACUCUCGUGUCCCCGACGAUCGAGGACCCGUUCACCUCGGUCGCCGUCAAGUGGAUGGAGCAAGGUCAGCCGGCGCACGCUCGCGCGGUGGUCAAGAACCGCGACUACGUGUACCUGGAAGCCACUGGCGUCGAGUUCCUGCGCAACGGCGAGCGCGUGGGGUACCAGGUGGUGCACUCGAUCCAGUUCCCCGAGACCCCGGAGCGUCCGUCGGCUACGCGCGGCAACAUGUCCAUCUGCGCCAUCUACAGGCAGAAGAACAGCGACCAAACCGACGUCUACGUGAGAGGCUUCCUCAACCCCGUGAGCGGACUGGAGAACUCAAUCAUCACGCGCUCCGUGGCUCGAACGCUGCUCUCCGUGUCGAGGAACGUCUACUGCUGCCAGAUGAAGAAGAUCAAGUGGGCGAUCCGACAUCGACUGCGGUCCAUGUCGGACGCCUCUCAACUGCCAGCAGCUCUCGACCCCACUACCGACACCCCGUGCGUGGUCUGCGGACGGAAGCGCUCAACCGUCUCCAGUCUCCUCAUCGCUGCCGCCAGUCGCAUCAGCGCCACCAAGAACUUCCGCUGGCGACGCCGGUGCAAGUUGUGCGAGCGCUACGUGUGCCCAGACUGCCGCAGCCUGCACAAGUUGACUUUCGUCCUGCCUGACCACCGCCUGGUGCAGCAGCAGAUCGCGCUUUGCUCCGGUUGCCAAGCUACUGCGCUCAGCGUCAAGGCCGUUGAAGUCGCGCGUGACGAGCUGAAGCGUAGAAGGUGGUCACUGUACGAGUGGCGGGAUACGUACGCAACUUCGACAAGCUCUGGCCCCAUUAUCCUCAGCGGACUCAACUAGCAAGUGGCCCCCGUGUAAGGUUUCGCCCCAAGGGCCCGCAAAUUUGGCUUAACUAAGAUUUAAUAAUUGAACUCCCAUCGUGAUAACAAACCAACAAGUGUGCACUCGAUACUUUCGGUGUUUAGUUUCUUACCAAAACCAGCCCUGCUGCUGCUUGCGUUUUUCCUACAGUAGCAAAGCCAACGCUGCUGGUUAGACGCACAUUAUUGUAGAAGCGGAACACAGCAACACAGUAUAUACCUGGAUGGAAGCGAUUUCCGCCGGUGUGAAGUUCAGAACGGUCGCGAUGGCCUUCUCCAUGUGCUCCUUGGCCUGAAUUGAUCACGAAGACAAAGCAUUAGCAAAGUGACAGCUUGCAGCUGAGCGGUCCCCGCACUUACCUCGUCUUGGUCUGAGGCCAUGUACUUGUACACUAUAUUCUUCAAAUACUCGUUUGUCUUGGUCGCGUUCGGCGUCUCGAACCCCGACAGACUGCUAUUGGACUCCAUACUCAUACGACGAACGCGGACUUCCUUGAAACUGUUUGUACGGCUGGCGUUGCUGCUCCCGCCGCCGUUCUCGUGGUAGUGCGCCUGCAUGUCGUUCAGCUCCUUUUCCUUCUGCUCAACGGCAUUCAGUGCGCGCUUUCGAUAUUGUGCAAACUCCUGCCGGAGUGACUGCAAGUCGCCAUUUCCACUAUCAGGACCGUUUCCAAAGGCACCGCUGGUCAUGAGCUUCAGCUCCUCCAUCUUCUUUUCUAGCUCUUGCUUCUCGCGAACAGAUUGUUCGUAUCUACACGCCACAGGUCAGCAUCAGUUACACACGCAUCCGAGAUAGUAUGCUUCUUCAUGUAGCCUACCUCUCCCUCCACUCCAUCGCGAGGACGGUUUCCCCCAUUGUACCGCUCAGCUUCUCGUAAUCCUUCAUGAGCUUCUCAAACUUUCGCCGCCAGUCGGAUUCCUGCAAUUUACCAAAGCAGUUUACGGGUUAGUGCACGGAAUACACGACAUUGGAUGAGGGUAACGUACUCUCUCCUCGGCUUCUGCUUGGGCCUUCGUGAGCCGACGGAUCUGUGCCUUCGACGAUUGCAGCUCCCCGGACAGAUCCGUCUCCGAAAUCUGCUCCGUUUGUUUCGCCAUAACGUUUGCGCUCAUCUGCCCAAAAACCUCGGUCAGCACCAAUAACUUACCCCCUUAUAAGCACACCACACCACAACGAACCUUUCGGAUCUCGGCGUCUUUUUGCUUUCGCGUGAUCUCCGAUCGAACACGAUAACGACGGAAUUCCUCCUGCACACGGUCGAUCUCCUCCUUCAAGCUCCUUUUCUAAUGAACCAUAAUAAUACAUCCACAGCAAAACAGCGAUCAGCUGCACAUCUUAAACCACAGACACAUACACGCAUUGCAUUCCAAACGUACCAUGCGAUCCACCUCACACGGCGUGAGUGAAAAGUCCGGCAGCGUCAGUGGUUCUCCGGACGCUCUGUUAGCAUACGCCUGGAUCUCUCCUUCGUUCCGGAAGCAAUGCCACGCGACCUCCUUGGACUCGUCGAACUCGUUCUCGUUCGCGUACUCCACGAGACACCAGAGCACAUUGCCGUGCGAGACCUUGUGCAGCAGUUGCCUCGGGUCGCGCGUGGACGCGUCCACGAACCACGAGUGCUGGCUCUGCUGGCUCUUGGUGAGCUGCUCGCGUAGCUGCUGGACGGUCUCGUCCUUCUCCGCCAGCUCCUGCUUGCUGUUGUCGAUGCUGCGCUUGGCCAUCGCCAGCAGACGCUUCAGCUUGUUCUCCUACGAUCGCCCACAGCAGCAUAAUAGACAAGGAAAAGCACCGUCAGCCUCCUCUCCAACCUCCACAGCGCACUGCUGCACCCUCAAGAGCCGCAGAUCAGCGCUCAAUAGCUCACCGUCUCCUCCAUCUCCUGUAUCUUGGUGUUCUUCUUGGCCAGCAGCUGCUCCAUCCGCGCGCCUCGCUCCUUCCAGAGCCUCAGCU